AGACAUUUAUCUAAUUUCGUCACAAUUUUUCUUCAUCUCCAAGGAAAGAGUCUUGUUAAGUUCAUUAUAAGGAGUAUGUUAGCGAGAAAAUCGGUAAUUCUCGCAGUUGGGAUAGUUAUUGUCAGGCUUGUUUUUGGCCUUACCUUUCUGUUCGUCAAUGAAUCUGCGGGAGAAGAAUUUACAUCAAGCAGUGGCCAAGUGUCAAAUGAAAGAGCUGCCAGUGGCAACUGGUCUGACGAGUUCUGUUUGCCCGAUGACGUUGAUACUCUCAGCCAGACAUUAUCACCGGUAAUCUACACGGUGAUUGGAGGAACCGGUAUGCUAGGAGUCCUUUUGUUGACCUACGCAUGCUACAGGUGCCACAAUCGAAGCUUACGUGUGCAGCACGCCCGCUACCUGGCUACUUUACCUUCACCGCCCCAGUUCCCUGUUGGCGCAGCUUACAUCUACAGAGAUGAUCUCAGGAUGAUUUUGGUGAAUCAAAACUAAAUCGUGUCUAGAGUAGUAAACUUCACAAAGGACCAAAAAAAUUUUAGUAGCCAUUUGAUAUCUUACAAGAGAAUAUCGAGAUUUAUCAUCAAAGUUGGGAACGUUAGAUUGAAAAUAUAAUGAGCUGCAAUCUGAAAAAAUUCCAGAAGAGAAUCCCAAAAAACUUUAAGCUUCCACAAAAUUUGAAUCCAUGCCUCCCAGAGACGAUUGAUGAUAACGCCAAACAAGUACCUAAAGGGCAUGGGUUCCAAUCCUAUCAUAGCCUGAUCUUUUCGUCUCAGCUUUUUCUGCAAUUGUCUCAACUGCGAUUCAUCCUUUAGGAUUAUUUCGUUUCUUAUAAAUAUCCAUAAGUCAAAAUGUGAGUAUCAUUUAUUUGUAGAAAUAACUAGACUAGUGACAAUCAACAAAUUAGUAACCAUUAAUGAUCAUUGAUAUGUAAACAGCCUGCCUAUCAAAUGCUAAUAAUAACCAUAAGCUGAGGUCUCCUGCACGUGGUGACGUAAGAGCAAUAAAAGGAA